CUUAAGAAUUGCGUAUGCGUGACGCAUGUGCGUGUGACGUAAGCGCCGGCGGAGAUUUUAAAAAUUCAAACCGACUUGGCGGGCGGAGACAAUAAGACUUGUUUUGGCGGUUGCUGUCCUCUCUGGCAAUCAGUUGUCCACCUCACAGAAAUUCGGCCUCUCGGUCUCGUCAGGAAACUGGAAGGAAGGUCGUAAGCAUGAAGCGCAGUUCAGUUUCCACCGGUGGUGCUGGCCGCCUCUCUAUGCAGGAGUUGAGAUCCCUGGACAUGAAUAAACCAGGCCUUUAUACGCCUCAAACCAAAGAGAAACCAACCUUCAGCAAGCUGAGUGUAAACAAACCUACAUCUGAAAGAAAAGUGUCUGUGUUUGGUAAAAGGACGAGCGGACAUGGAUCCCGAAAUAGUCAACUUGGUAUAUUUUCCAGUUCUGAAAAAAUCAAGGACCCAAGGCCACUUAAUGACAAAGCAUUCAUUCAGCAGUGUAUUCGACAACUCUGUGAGUUUCUUACAGAAAAUGGUUACGCAUACAGUGUAUCCAUGAAAUCUCUCCAAGCUCCAUCAGUGAAAGACUUCCUAAAGAUCUUCACUUUUCUUUACGGUUUCCUGUGCCCUUCCUAUGAGCUUCCUGACACCAAAUUUGAAGAAGAGGUUCCAAGAAUUUUUAAAGAUCUUGGGUACCCUUUUGCUCUGUCCAAAAGCUCCAUGUACACAGUGGGAGCCCCUCACACCUGGCCACACAUCGUGGCAGCCUUGGUUUGGCUCAUAGACUGCAUCAAGAUACAUAAUGCCAUGAAGGAAAGCUCACCUUUAUUUGAUGAUGGGCAGCCUUGGGGAGAAGAAACUGAAGAUGGAAUUCUGCAUAAUAAGUUGUUUUUGGACUACACCAUUAAAUGCUACGAGAGCUUCAUGACUGGCGCUGACACCUUUGAGGAGAUGAAUGCGGAGCUGCAGGCCAAGCUGAAGGAUUUAUACAAUGUCGAUGCUUCCAAGCUGGAAUCAUUAGCUGCGAAAAACAAAGCACUGAAUGAACAGAUUGCAAGACUGGAGCAGGAAAGAGAAAAGGAGCCGAAUCGUCUAGAGUCUUUGAGGAAACUGAAAACUUCCCUGCAAGCAGAUGUUCAAAAAUACCAAUCCUAUAUGAGCAACUUGGAGUCCCACUCUGCCAUUCUCGACCAGAAACUGAGUGGCCUCGAUGAGGAAAUCUCUAGAGUAGAAUCAGAAUGUGAGGCAGUAAAACAGGAGAAUGCUCGGCUACAGAACAUUGUUGAUAACCAGAAGUACUCGGUCGCCGACAUUGAGAGAAUAAAUCACGAAAAAAAUGAUUUGCAACAAACCAUCAAUAAAUUAACGAAGGACCUAGAGGCCGAACAGCAGCAGUUGUGGAACGAGGAGCUGAAGUACGCCAGGGCCAAAGAAGCGAUUGAAACACAAUUAGCAGAGUAUCACAAAUUGGCUAGAAAAUUGAAGCUUAUCCCAAAAGGUGCUGAGAAUUCCAAAGGUCAUGACUUUGAAAUCAAGUUUAAUCCUGAAGCUGGUGCCAACUGCCUUGUCAAAUACAGGGCGCAAGUUUAUGUACCUCUGAAGGAACUCCUAAAUGAAAAUGAAGAAGAAAUUAAUAAAGCUCGAAAUAAGAAAAUGGGUUUGGAGGAUACUUUAGAACAAUUGAAUACAAUGAUAACGGAAAGCAGGAGAAGCGUGAGGACCCUGAAGGAGGAAGUUCAGAAGCUGGACGACCUGUACCAACAGAAAGUCAAGGAAGCUGAGGAAGAGGAUGAGAAAUGUGCCAGUGAGCUCGAGUCCUUGGAGAAGCACAAGCACCUGCUGGAGAGCGCGGUCAACGAAGGCCUGAGCGAGGCCGUGAACGAGCUGGACGCCGUGCAGCGGGAGUACCAACUAGUGGCACAAACCACAACUGAAGAAAGAAGGAAAGUGGGAAAUAAUUUACAGCGUCUUCUAGAGAUGGUUGCCAUGCAUGUAGGGUCCGUGGAGCCCACCAGAGCCCAGGCAGUGGGCCGCGUGUACUCGUUCACGGGUGUCUGACCUCUUUCACCUGCAGCAGAGCCGAGUGCCUGCAAUAGCAGCCAUGUGGUCUACACAGCCUACAUGUUUCCUCCAACUCCUUUCUCGGAGAAGAUUGCUGAUCACUUGUGUAAAUACAAAGGACGGUGCCAUCUUCACUCUGAAGCAGAAGAAUACAGAAUGUGAGAAUCAGAGGAAACGAUGAAAUCGUCAAUCUCAACCCCCGAAUUUUAGAGAUGAUAAUUCGUUCCUAGAGAAUUCCAGUUCACCUCCAGUCACAUCUGGAAGAAGCAACCCUGGAAAUUGGAACUGAUGCACAGUCUUGAAUUCAACCCCAGGGGCGUUUAAGAAGCAGCUCCUGGGGCACAUUACAGCCUUGGUAGGAACAGGCGCAGCACCUCCAGGAUCGACCUGAGCAGACCGAAGGGGCCAACAAGCUACCCUGCAGGCAGUCGGGCCCCUGGUGCACCCCUCUUUUCGUUUUCACCUAUGGAAACAGCAUCCCGCACGAUUAGCUGAAGGGGAAAGAAUAACCCAAGCUUGGUUUACAGGUGGGGUUUGGCAGGGACACAGCCAGACUGAGAGAUGGCUCUGUAACCCCGGUCCGGGGAAGAUCUUCCGGAUGGGCAGUGCGGCGCAGAGCACACAGUCGCCCACUUGUUGAAUGGUCUGAGAUAAGAACACAUUCGGAUUUCCAAGCAGUGGCCAAUGGCUUGGCCCUCGGGCCAGGGUCCUGAACACAAUGGGUACUGGAAGGAAACAAAGUUCUCUGGUAGAGCCAAGUGGCCAAACACCUGCGGUGGGCACAGACCUUUUGUGUCAUGUGUUAAACACCUGAAAAUAUCUACAGCGAAAGAGACACAAAAUCGCUCAGCCAACUGAAGUAGAACUGGUGAAGAGCACCCGAGGGGCUGUUAGAAAUAGAAGUCUUGUAUAGGUCCAAUCACAGGGACUCCGACUUACCAAGAUUGACCUGGUUACUGCAACUCCGUUUUCAUCCUGUCAGCAACAGACACCACCACAGCCUCUGAUACAGAGCCAUCCCUUGAGAACCACUGGCCACGUGGUGGCAGGUGGGCUCCGAGACACCUGUUCUGUCCUAAUAGGCCCAGCACUUUAUCCUCACGUGGAUAGACCCCUAUUCUGGGAAAAGAAAACAUGCCAAAAAUGUGGGAUAAUACUAGGGUAGAACCCAGAGGAAGAUUCAUAGCUUUAAAUACAUUUGAAACAAGAAACUAAGAAUCUAAAAAUGGAAGGGAGGAAAUAAGUUCAAACAAAGUAGGGGUUCAUGAAUGAAAAAUAAGCAAAAUUUUAUCAGUAAGAAAACAAGUUUAAGAACUAAUAGAUCAGAUGCUUUUGCUGCCUACAGUUUCUCACCACUCACUAUCUUCAGGAAUGAGCCCAAACAGGAGUACAUCUGUCUUGUGUUCAGAUCCUCUGAAGAUGUUUUGGGUCACAGCACCAGAUAAGCCCAAAUGGUAGCUGAGAGUGAGAUGAAUUUCAAAUGGAAGGUAGAGGAGAGAAAGGACGGGUACCAGCUCGAGCACCCAGAACCUGCAGCAAGUACACACUCAUUCUUUUCACCGGCCUCAUGUUCCCUCAGGAAGACACAGCCAUGUGGACCAUGAAAGAGUUGUGCCCUGAGCCUGUGUGAAGAGGAGGAUAUGUGCUGUGAAUAUGGCGGUGAGGAUGUGACACAGACCUCCUGCUACAGGGAGGGGAGUGGCUUCAGCCCGGGAAUCCCCUACCGCCUUCCCGCACCGUCUCAGGCCCCCGCCAUCUUGGAAGCUUCCAACAAGCCUCUCUCCUUCCCUUGGCUGCCAUGUGGUCUGGGCUUGCUCACCCUUCCUCAGCUGCCUCCCUACUUCCUUUCUCUCAGCCUUUUCCCUCCAUAAAAUCCUUGCACACUGACCCCACCUUGGCACUCACCAUUUAUAAACAAAAUGGGGAACACCCUUUAUGAUGUGGAGUCUUCCUGACCCCCCCAAAAAAAGCAUGGCAUAUUUUCCUUUUGUUGGGUUUGUAAACAUUUCACAAACAUCUUGCAUAUUUUUAAGUUUCUUUC